UAGACAACGUAGUUUGUCUUAUGCUCCAUUUGUGGAUAAGUUCUUCUCUUCUGACCAAUACGCCGCCACGUAUCAUAGGGUGUUCAAACCGAUUCCUGAUCGUGAUUAUUGGCCCAAUUACAAUGGACCCGAAAUCGUGCACGAUCCAUCCAUGCUUCGGGCAAAGGGAAGACCAAAGUCGACCCGUAUUAAGAAUGAGAUGGAUGAAGGCCCACGAGGAACGGUUAGAUGUGGAAGAUGCCACCAAACCGGCCAUAAUAGAGCGACAUGUGCAAAGAGAUCAUCUAGACAAGAGGGGGGGUCCGCCGGGCAUGGAGGUGAUAGCGGAUCCUGGGCCGAGUGAUCCUUCUGUCCUGACACUGCAGGCCUCACACAGGAGUGAGGAUGUUUGGCUUGGCAUGGAUGUGCAGGUUGAUAGGUGCCGCGAGCAUCUGCGGGGUUUGUCCCAUUUACAUGUCGACCCCAGAGUCCUAGCAUAUGUUCGUGCAGCAGGUUUUUUUACACUGCACAGGUUAGUGGCUACUGUGCCUUUAGAUAGAGCCCUCCUCACUGCUCUACUUGAGCGUUGGAGGCAGGAG